AUGAGGAAAAAGUUGGUACCGCAAGAAAAAUCUGUUUGUAAUAUUGUGGCUGUGUAUCGAGAGAGAGGAAAUUACCUGCAGCGCUUGGAACAAUUUGAAAAAGCAAUUUCAGCAUAUAAUGAGGCUCUUCGUUGGAAUAGUUCUGACGUCCGUUCGUUGCUCGGUCGAAGCUUAGCCAGAGCAAAAGCAACAUAUUACGACGGUGCUUUGGAAGACGUGGCUCGGGCUGCCGAAUUAGAACCAGAUAACUUGACAGCGCUUCAAAUAAAAGCUCAAACGGAAUAUGAAAAAUGUGCCUUUGAGCGGUCUCUAAUUCUUGCCCACCGUGGGCAGCAAAUUAGAAUAUUGCCACCGAGAUUUGCUGAAUGCGCCAGAUGUGCUGAGGAAACGGUUCGGGAAUGCUCCGGGGCUAGCGCAACAAAGGUCAUGAAAGCGGCAAUUUCAAUGUCGGAUGAAAUACAGAUAAAACGAGACCGUAUUGGAGAUGAUAUUUUUGAACCAGAAAUCGUUGUUCGUGAGGGAAGAAUGCAAAAACAACCUACACUGCAGGUUCAAGAAUUAUCUAGACUUGAGAAACAAAAGUCGGAAAAUAUAUCACGCCUAAUGGCUUCUAAAUAUUUAGAACAAAUGGCCCACGACAAACAUUUUCUUAUUUCACUGUGUAAAGAUGAAAGGUUGAUAUCAGCAAACAAGCAGGGCUCAAAAAUACUACAUGAAUUGGCUAACAAAGCUCGUUGUGAUAUAGAAAAGCGUCAAGCUGUACUACGUGAACGACGUCCUUUAUAUGCUGCACGUGCUGCAGAAGCAGCAGCACGAGCCAGGCUUUCACGCGCUCGUAAAGAAAGGCUUGGUCAUGCCCAGAAACAGCAUGCUGUAGAUGCAAGACGUCUAAUACAAGCAGCAAAAGCAAUAUUUGAAGAACACGAUGUAGCAAGAUGUCUAGAAGCCGCUGAAUUUGCGAUGGAACAAAUAUCAAGAAAGCCAGCUAAUUUACUCCCUGAAAAAGAAAAGUACUUACUGGAGUUGUAUGAUUUGGUUGCUCACGUUUUCUUAGAUCAGAAACGAGUAAAAGAAAAAAUGAGUGAAGUGGAUCGUGAGAAAAGAGCAUUCGUUUUAUUGGGAAUUUCUGUAUCUCGUGAACCAAGCCAUGAUUCAGUUUUACGUUCAAGACCUAUGGCACCGCCUCGUGACGUUACACGUCGUUUACGCGCUUUAGAGCGCUCGCUGUCUCUACAUGCUCGUCCAUCGGAACGUUGUUACGUGCUUCAUGAAUUGUCCCGAAUUUAUGUCGACACUAAACAAGCACAAAAAGCUAGAUUUUUUGCUCUUAAAUGUCAAUCUGAGGCCCGUACAGCAGAUCAGCGUAUCUGGUUAAUAAAUACUACAUUUCUCCUGGCUCGAUGUCACUUGCUCCAGAAUAAUCGACCUGAGGCGAGAGCAGCUUUAAUUGAAGGAGCGGCGCUAGCUCGUUCUUUUGGUUUUCAGGAUGUUGCUACAUUUUUCGAAACGUGUGUUAAUGUAUCAACAGAAGGUGAAGUGGGUUCCACGGAAGCAUUACUUGAGAAACGUGAGCAGGAAAUGAUCAGAUUGAUGCAAGAUGAUGACUUGCGAUCUGCUGCCAAACACUUAUUUAAGCGAAUGUCUGUCAUACCCGCUUCCAGGCGCUUUUCUGUACUUCCUGGAACACAUAGUGAGGUAAAUACAGCAACAUCGUCAGGGGCUCGCCGUGCUUCAAUCGCCCCUAAAACCCAACAACCUGCACGAGUUAUGCGUAAAUCACGUUAUCCGUUGGGUUUUCAGGAAUUUGAUAUUUAA